AUGUCUGCCGAUUUGGUGGGCUAUGCUGCCCCAGCUACCCUCAUUAUUCUUUGUAGCUUUCUUUUAUACCAUAUCGUCGUCCAUCCUCUCCUGAUUUCCCCAUUGGCCAAGAUACCCAACGCCCACUGGACGUCUCCUUUCGUUCCUUGGUGGAUACUGUGGAAACGGUACCGACAGGAAGAGCUGACCGCUGCAUUGAAAGCUCAUCAAAGUUUGGGACUGAUCGUGAGACUCGGACCCAAGGACCUCGGCGUCAGUUGUUAUGAAGAUGGCAUACGAACAAUAUAUGGAGGCGGUUUUGAUAAGCCAGCUUAUUUUAACUUCUUCAACUGCUACGAGAGACCCAACUCUUUCUGCAGUCUUGCAAGAAAAGAUCAUUCGAUUCACAGACGGAGAAUCUCCGUGGUCUACACCAAAUCUGCGCUUUUCGGCUCUGCUCAAUUAGCCUCUUUGACAGAACAUGUUCUCCUCGGACGCCUAAUACCCAGACUGCAUGAGCAAGCUUCAAGACCCCAGCCAACUGAACUCCUUGGGUUGAGUUGUUCUCUAUGUCUGGACUACGUCAAUGCCUUCUUAUUCGGAUAUUCCAGCGGAUCGAACUUUCUCCAAAGUGAAAGCGGCACGCAGCUCUGGCUAGAACACUAUGAGCGACGGCAUUGUAAAGAAGCUUUUUGGCCUCAGGAGCUGCCGAAGACUACCAAAUGGAUGAACACGUUGGGCAUCAACAUCUUGCCUAAGGGGCAUCUUCCAUCCAAACACUACUUGGAGCAAUGGAUGAUGGGCUUAUGUGACAAGGCCGACGAAGCUCGUUUGCUUGCGGACCAGGGAUUGCUCAAAGAUCCAGCGGAUAUCCCAGUUGUCUACCAACAAGUCCAGAAAUCGGUAUGGGCAGAUUUGAACGGAGCCGACACGCAGACCAAGAAAUCGGAAAUCGCCAGCGAGCUUUUUGAUCAUAUGUCUGCUGCGCGAGAGGUCCUCGGACUCGUCCUGAGCUACACGCUAUACUACAUCUCGCAGAACCAGCAGGCACAAAACCGCCUCCGGAGCGAACUCGCAUCAGCGGGCCUAUCCAUUACUAUCUCGGCCAGCGAGCCGAACCCGACUCUACCCUCGCCUGCCUCCCUCGACAGUCUCCCCUACCUCACUGCUGUCCUAAAUGAAUCCUUCCGCAUGCGUCCGAACAGUAGGCCCUUGCCUCGCAUCACGCCUCACGAUCGCGCCGUCAGCCUCGCCGGCAUCGAUAAUAUCCCUCCAGGCACACGUGUCAACUCAUUCCCUUGGCUUGUGCAUCGAGAUCCAAGACAGUGGGACCAACCAGAUAAGUGGAUACCCGAGAGGUGGCUACAGGGCGAGGGGAAGGGUCUUGACAAUAAAGGCGUGCUGUGGGCCUUUGGGAGCGGGCCGAGGAUGUGCGUGGGGAGUCAUCUCACCCAGUACAUGAUGAGAUAUGUCAUCGCGGUCGUCUACUCUAACUUCAAGACCGUCACGGUCAAGGACGGCAGUUUCGGGCGCCAUCCGCCUGGCUCGCUUGAUGAUCGACUCAUGGUGAAAUUCGAGCGUCUACAUGAAUGA